AUGGCUAGUGAAGGGACGGAAGCAGCAGGCAGUUCAGCCGGUGGAACGCUGAGCAACCUCCCCUGGCAGCAGAUUCCUAAGUUCACGCCGGGAAGUACGAACGUUGAUGAGUACACAAAAAGAUUACAGUUCAUUAGGGAUCUGUGGCCAGAUGAGCACAUUCACUUGCUUGGUCCCAGAGCAGCUCUAAUGGUCGAAGGGUCUGCCUUUCAGAAGGUGAGCCGGAUCCCAGCCGACAAGCUCAAGAGCAAAGAUGGUGUGAAAAUCCUCGUGGAAAAGCUGGGUGGUGCGUGGGGGCGUACAACGGUGGAAGACAAGUACUUUUACUUUGAGCAGGCGAUCUUCCAGACCCAGCAGAAGAGUGAUGAAUCAAACGACUCGUAUGUUGCUCGGCAUGAUGCUCAUUUCGAAGAGUUGAUCUCUCGCAGCGUUCAGCUGGAGGAGGUCAGAGCAUAUGUGCUACUGCGGCACUCCAUGUUGAGCCCUGAGGACAAACGGAAGGUCAUCGUGGAAGCGGGUGGCGACUUGACCUACGCAGGGACUGUGAAGGCAGUGCGCCUCCUCGGGUCCCGGUUCUUUGGGGAGCUUCAAAAUCGUGGUGCGGCUACUGCAGGUGCUCGCGGCCAAGAACGAAACAAAGUGUAUGACAUCAACCUGGCCGAAGAUGACGGGAUUGAUGAGGUUCACGUGGCCGUGGUGCCAGAGAGCGAGCCGAGCGAUGAGGAGAUCGUGGCCUUUUUCAUGGAGCAGAACGACGAGGAUGCCAUCUACAUCGCGGAGUUUGAGGACCACAUCGUGGAUGCAGUGCAGGAGUCAUCCCUAGCUCCUGUUUUCGCUACUUACCAAGAAGCUCGCCAGCGUUUGAGGGAGAAAGCUCGCAACCGCGGAUAUUUUCCCGUGGGUGGAAAAGGCCGCGGAAAAAGCAAGAGCGGGACGCGUCAGCAGAAGGGAAGUGCCUUCGAUGGUGGUCGACGCCGCAGCUUAGCAGAACGCAUUGCUUCGAGCAACUGCAAGCUGUGCGGAAAGAAGGGUCACUGGAAGCGAGAAUGCCCCCAGGCUCGUGAUGAAGGAAACAAGAAGGAGGUGACCUUGUACUCCCAGACCGAAAACCUCCACCUCUCCUCGACCGAGGUUCUCCACUCCUUGCCCGAGGAUGCCGAGCUCUACUUCGCGACCGAUGGUGAUGAGGACUUCGACGAGAACCGCGGAGAUGAGGCUCAGAUACCGAUAAGAACCGCAGCGAGGGAGAAUCGAAUUCAGUCAGAAGAGCAGAUGACAGCUAGACAGACAGCCACGCGGCUGACCGGCCUGGGACAAGACCAGGCACUUGCUUCUGUGAGUCGGGACAGUGAGCAAGGCUCUUGCGGGGAAGUUUUGCAGCAUGGGAAGCCGUACACGUUUGAAGACCCGGUUGCUCUGGUUGUUACUCAUGGCCUGUCACUGGUAGAUCUCACGCAACUGUUGCUAGGGAACGUGGCGCCCAUCUUGCAUGCAGACGGAUACAUGCCGUCGGCGAAAGUCAAGAAGAUCAAGGAAGUGGUGGAUCAGCUCCCAGAGGAGCUGGACCAGCCUUUAUCGGGGGAGGACGAUCACGAUCUUUCCGAGGAGCACCUGGCGAUCGACCAGUACUUGACGGUUCAAUAUGUCAAGCCACCACACAUCUCGACGCUUCGCCAAUGGGGGGAAGUUGUGCUGCCACAGGGCAAGCACAAGCACAAGACACACAACGAAGUAUUCAGCAACGAUCUGACGUAUGCCAUUCUCAUGGCUCGGAAGACCUCUCUGACGUCGUCAUGGGCGCUGUCGUUCAAGAACUACAGCCUGGCACGAUUGAAGGGGAUGGCUCAGGCGGCCCAGGACCAGAUCAAUACGGAUGCCAAGAAGCCAACCACGAGUCACGGUCCGGGUCCAAAAGCCAGCAAGGGCAGAGCCAAGGGCUACAAGACGGAGGGCCGGAUGCGACCGGUGGACACCGAGGGGGGCGAGUUCUCGGAGUGGAGGAUUUGUGCCCCGGUGACCGCGGCAAGUUCGGAGAUUGGUGCCCCGGUGACCGCCUCAAGCUUGGCGAGUGCAGCGUCAAGCCAGGAGGUGACCGCAGUUGCCAACAAGAGGGGAGCGCCCAGCACCGGGCCGUCGCCGAUCAAGGCGGAGUUGACGGCCGAUCAGAAGCUCGACAUCAUGACCCGGAAGGCGCUCCUGCAGAGGGAGCUCGAGCACCUCGAGCAGUUCGAUGCGACGCCGGACCCGGCGAUCACGGAUCGUCAGUGA